UUACUUUUACAAAAUCUCGUAGAAUCAGAAAUUUAUGGAUAUAAUGAAGAAACUGAUACAAUAGUAAAUUUACCUAAGCUAGGUUCAAUACAAGGAAAAAUUUUAGAAACUUCCUGGACAAAACGCGAAGUGUUACAGUUUGUGGAUGUUAAAUAUGCUGAACCACCCACUGGAAAAUAUAGAUUUAAGGCUCCACGACCCAUUGAACCAUGGGAGGACAUAAUGGAUGCUACUGCAGAUAAAAUAGGUUGUCCAUCAGUUGUUUCAAUGGAAUCAUUGAAAAAACUUGAUGAUGUCUUAGAUAUUGAAGACUGUUUGUCAAUGACUAUAACCACACCAAAUGUAACCGGAAAAUAUCCAGUAUUAGUGUAUUUGCAUGGUGAAUAUCUAUAUGAGGGAAGCAAUUCUGAAGCUCCAGCUGAUUACUUUCUAGAAAAAGAUAUUGUAUUAGUAACACCGCAAUAUCGUUUAGGACCAUUUGGAUUUCUAUCAACAAAAACUUCUGAAAUACCGGGAAAUGCAGGAGUAUUAGAUGUAUUUUUAGCACUACAAUUUAUAAAACAUUUUAUUAAAUAUUUUGGUGGUGAUGAACAACGAAUAACUUUAGCUGGACAAGUAGGAGGUGCAGCUAUAGCGCAUCUAUUGACAUUGUCACCAAUGGUGCAAAAAGGUUUAUUCCAUCAAGUGAUCUACCAUUCAGGUUCAGCGUUAAUGCCAAUAUUUUUGGAAGAUAAUCCACGCAAACAUGCGCAAGAAAUAGCAGAAAAAGGCAGAUGUAAGAUGAAAACAGUACGAGAUUUAAAUGAAUGUCUCAUGGAUAUGUCUCCUUUGGAAUUGUUAUCGUCUUUUAUGGAACAUGCUCUAGAAAAAUCUGAUUUAGGUGUAGGACACACGGGUGGUGUGCAAUUUACUAUUGGUGGUCCAAGUGGUGUCUUACCGGAACAUCCAUAUGAUCUCAUGUUAAAUACAACAAACAAAUAUCCUGCUAUGGGCGGUUGUCCAAAAAAUGCCGGAACACGUGUUUUGAAUGAAAUUGUGGAAAAUGAUUUUGAGGGUAAAAUACCGGACGACGAGUAUACAACAUAUGACUAUAUCGACCAUGUCAUACGCCAAGUUGUCGGUACGGAUAAAACUAUGUUGCUGACAAGUUUUAUAACUCAUGACUUUUUUAAUCGCAAACUAAUGGAAAAUGGUACUUUUAGUUCAUUAAUACCACGUUUAAUCGAUGUUGCUGGUACCUUAAACCAUAAGUUACCAGUAUUGCUAGCUCUCAAUAUGAACAACAAGCAUAUGCCACAAAAUACUUUCCUCUAUUCGUUUGACUAUGAAGGUGAAUUUAAUCGUUAUCAAGACAUGGAUGAAGAAACUCAUAUGCAAAGCCCUUUUAAGGCUGGUGUAUCCUUGACAGAUGAAGCUUUAUAUCUAUUUCCAUAUCCCCCCCAUGUCACCAAGCUCAGUCCACCUGACGUUGCUAUGGCGAAACGCAUGAUAGAUUUGUGGACUUCAUUUGUAAUCGACGGAAACCCAUUAGGAUCUCAUCGUGGCGGUUAUUGGCCACCUUUGACAACACUUUACGGCCCGUAUAUGAAAAUUGAUGAGACAUUUACAAUAGCAGGAAAUUAUUUUAAAGAAUUUUCGGCAACACUUUUUGAUGAAGAGAAUGGACAUAGUUUAAUAAGAGAAGUGUAUUAUCAGAGAAGCCAUCGUGUAAAUAAAAAAAAAUAUAUGUUAGAAUAUCGAAAGAAUUUGUAUGGCCCAAGAAGUUCUGUUAAGCGACCCAAUAGGAACAAGAUUCGUCUUUUUAAACAUUUUAAUUGAAAUUCAAUUGUUAUAUUGUAGAAAA